AAUCAGACGCGUCGAUUCAUCGUUGUGUGCGUUCCAUUGGGAUAGAGUCUAAUGUUCUAGAACCUUUGAGAGAAAUCGUCCGAUUUCAGCUCCGUAAGAAAACCGUUCGGAACAGUAAUCGAGCUGCUUGCUGACCGCUGACAGGAGUGGGCGCAAAUUGCAAUCGGUCUCAGUACAGAAGGAGCGCCAUUGGUCUUUUGAAGAGAGAAAUUUGCUGAAAUUGAAGUCAGGGGUCAUGUGCAUUUUCAAACCUCCCAUGGAGCCAUAACAGCAGAAACCCCCAACAUGUGACACCGUUUUGGAACUAGGCCCCUCCAGGAACGUAACAAGGGUUACAAACAAAAAUGAAUGUGGGUGUAGCACACAGUGAGGUCAACCCAAAUACGAGGGUUAUGAACAGUCGUGGAAUGUGGCUAACCUACGCCUUGGGGGUUGGCAUGCUGCACAUCGUCCUCCUCAGCAUUCCCUUCUUUAGUGUUCCUGUUGCUUGGACCAUGACUAAUGUCAUUCACAACUUGGGAAUGUAUGUGUUUUUACAUGCCGUGAAGGGAACACCAUUUGAAACACCAGACCAGGGCAAAGCACGGCUACUAACACAUUGGGAGCAGCUAGAUUAUGGAGUUCAGUUCACUGCAUCAAGAAAAUUCUUCACUAUUUCUCCAAUUAUUCUGUACUUCCUGACAAGUUUCUAUACAAAGUAUGAUCCAACACAUUUCUUCAUCAACACGGCUUCUCUCCUCAGUGUUCUGAUUCCCAAAUUACCACAGCUUCAUGGAGUCAGAAUCUUUGGCAUUAAUAAAUACUGAACAGGAAUCUUCAAAAUCUGCUUCUGGUGGAGGAAAGGAUAGUCAGCUAGACAAUUUUAACAGUUAAUAUAUUAAAAUUCUAUUAAUAUAUUGACUUUUUAAAUGGGCACUGUCAGAUAUAAAAACUUUUGAUAUGUUGUAAAGCAUUCAAAACCUAUAGGUUUUGCAAUUGCUUUCAUUAGAAAAUUUUCAGUAUUUCAUACUGGAAGAGCCAGUCAAAGAAAUGACCCCCACCCCCUGGGAUGCAUUCUAGUCCUGCUGUGUACACUGCUGUGUCACUACGUCAUAGACCCACUUCAUAAUUGACAGAAAGCUGCUCUGCUCUCAGCUCCAUCACUGCCUGUGUUUACUUGUCUGCCUUGUGAAGAAGGGGAGGGGCAGGAACACACUGCAGCUGGGCUUUCACUGACUGCUUGUGUGAAGAGAAGGGGGAGAGGGGCAGGAACACACUGCAGCCGGUGAAUAGAGGAUUUAUUUGUUUAUAAAGUAAGUGUCCCUGCAUGCAUGUAUGUGUGUAUGGAUAAAUAUGUAUGUGUGUAUAUCAGUGAAUAUAUGAAGUGUGUGUGUGUGUGAGACAGAGGGACUACAAUCAUAUGCCUCCAGCUGUUGCAAAACUACAACUCAAAAGGAUGUGUGGGCAUGCUGGGAGCCGUAGUUUUGCAAAAGCAGUAGGCACACAGCUUGUGUGUGUGUGUGUUUGUGAAUAGCAUAAAACCAGAAAGGAAAGGGUUACUGCUCCCAGAGCAGAGAGAGGGAGGGGGAGUGGUUAUCACAGACAGGGACCCGGUCCCUGCCUGUAAAUGAAAAGUACUUUUCACUUUGCAAUCACUCCAAGUAAAUAAGGUGAAUUCUAAGAGAAAUAUUGGGAAUAGGCACAUAAAGAUUAUAUGUACAUCAUCAGGAUGAGAUACUAAACAACAUAUAACAGUUUUUUUUUUUUUUUUUUGGUGAUCUGACAGGUACGCUUUAAGCUGUUGGAAUUUACACAGGCUUAAAGAAGGCACCUCUACCACAAUCCUCCAGAAUCUACCAGGAGGUCUUAUGUAAAGGCUAGCCUUUGCAGGCUGGGCUGGCCCAGCUAUGACCCGAAGUUUGCAAUGCACAAACAAGACUGACAAGAAUGUUAGAAACUGCACAGUAAAUAUGGAUGAUCAGAUUGUGAAUACCAUUUAUAAACCAUAUAUUACUUUUUUAAUCAUUAAAUGAUCAGGUGUAGUUAUCUAAUCUGUAACCAGCAACAGCAUUCACUAGCUGACAUAAUGGUUUGCUGCAUGCUGUGAUAAUAAUUAUAUGCACUAGUUGUUUUUUUUUUUGUUUGUUUUUUUUGUGGGGAUUUUUGUUUAGUUUACCAAUACUUGUUUAAUUUGCUGUUUAACAUGGCUGAACAUACUUUUAUGAGUAAUUCAGUUGUCAUGCAUCCUCUAUAGUCAUCUCUUCGCAAACAGUACCAUUAUUAGACAUCUUUCGAUAUUAUAGAUAUUUGAUAUAUUUGUGCUUGUGUAAUUUAAUUUAAGGUGAGUUUGCUUGCUCAAUUUUCUGUGUUUGUGCAUUAUCCAGACAAUGACAUAAUUUUAGUAGUGUCUUGUUUUAUGAAGAAUGUAGUAUUAUUUUAUUAAAAGUUUUAAAGUGUGAAUACUGAUUUUGAGGUCUGGGUUCAACCAGAAGUGUUGAUAUCCAAUCGGUACGAUACAAGUCAGAUCUGUGAUGCGUAUGGAUAAAUAAAUUGAUCAAGAUUAAUAAUAACAAGAAGUGUUCUCCAGUCUUUUCAGCUUGUUUAAAAAAUACCCUCUGUGUUAUGUAUGAAACCACCUCUGUCAGAGCGUCUCAAGUAGAGGAGGACACUGAAUGGAUUUUCUCCCAAGUUGGCCUGAAUACAGCUUAUAGACACAAGUCUCUUUCUUAUUCUUGAUCUCUAGACUACAAGUAACAGCAGCAUGCUUGUUUUGGGACCCGUGGAGAGUUAACCUACCCUACAUUUCUUUCAUAUUACCCUGACUUGCAGAAAAGGCUAGUCCAUUAAUAUAAAUUUAACAAGGGUGUUGCUGACAUAUAUAAUUUUUUAAUCAUUUGGUUUUUUAAUUUAAACCAAUAAUUUGAAUGCAUAUGUACAAUAUUUGUGUGAAAGAAGUACAAAUAGAAGUAACACAUGACCACAUUAUCUGUCCUCGCUUAUACUUUUUAACCUAGCAACUUUGUUGCAGUAGUAAGCAUUAAAAAUAUCAGAAAUUAUUGAUCCACUCUCACUCACUAUGAUGCAAUUAAGCUUUUGGCAUAUUAACUCCAGUUUUUCAGAGCAUACCCUAAUGUAUAUGACCUCAUUCUCAAAACAGACAAUCUGUCUGUCCUAGCCAAUAAUGUUAUAAUAGCCCUCAUUUACUAAUGUCAACCUGACUUUUUUUGUCGGGUUGUGCGAACAAAUUUCGUUGCACAACCCGACAAAAUAUUUCAUCACUCCGAGUGUUUUUUAACCCCUUAAGGACGCAGGACGUAAAUGUACGUCCUGGUGAGGUGGUACUUAACGCACCAGGACGUACAUUUACGUCCUAAGCAUAACCG